AAUUCUAGAUCUGUUUAGCUCGGGAAAUUGCCUAGUCAAGAAGAUUUCAGAACAGUCGUCCGCCGGCGCCUGACCUGAGCAUUAUCAUCUGCCAUGUCCAGCUCAUUCGAUCUCCACGUUCAGACAACUGUCUCACCUCACAAUGGUCAGACAUACCAUGUAGAAACAUAUCCCGCUUCCAAGGAUCUAGACCGCACUCUGGAAAGUGCAGCACAGUCUCAAAAAGAGUGGAUCAAGACAACGCUAGCUGACCGUAUCGCGAAAGGUCGCAAAUUCAUUGAGAAAUUUUCUGCUCUUGCUAGUCGAGAAGCACCAGCAACAUAUGACCAUGGUCUCCUUGGACAUCAUAACCUCGCUGAAGAGCUAUGCCAUCAGAUGGGCAGGCCCGUUGAUCAGUGUUGGGGGGAGUUUAAAGGAUUUCUACAACGCGCAACAUAUAUGCUCGACAUUGCUGAAUCGUGUCUCUCAGACGUGACCUUUUCAGACGAUCAACCUGGCUUCAGUCGCUCAAUUAAGCGAGUUCCACUCGGUGUCAUUUUCGUCAUCGCCCCAUGGAACUAUCCGUAUCUUGUCAUGAUCAAUUCAGUACUUCCUGCACUCAUCGCCGGAAAUGCCAUCGUUUUGAAGCCUUCUCCCCAAACACCUCUCACAGCAUUACGAUUCAAGGAAGCCUUGAAUGACGCUGGGUUUCCGGCCGAUCUCAUACAAGUCGUGCAUCUCUCGCCGCCCCUUACUCAAUAUAUCGUACAGCAUAAGUUAGUUGAUUUUGUCGUGUUCACAGGCAGUGUGGCAGGAGGCAAAGCGAUUGAAAUGGCAGCCGUCGCUGCUGAUGGAUUCAAGGGCGUUGGUUUGGAGCUCGGAGGCAAGGACUCCGCGUAUGUUCGUGCAGAUGCGGACCUGAAAGAUGCAGUGACACAGCUAGUCGAUGGUGCAAUGUACAACGCCGGGCAGAGUUGCUGUGCAGUCGAGCGGAUUUACGUUCAUGAGUCCGUGUAUGACAACUUCGUGGAUGAAUAUGUCGAGGAAGCCAAGAAACUCGUUUUGGGUGAUCCUACGAACAAGGGAACUACCCUUGGCCCUGUGAUUAGCAUCGCUAGUGCAGAGCAAAUUCGUAAGCAGGUUUCUAGUGCAGUGCAAAUGGGCGCAAAAGCACUGAUACACGAAAACCUGUAUCCAAAGGCAGAACCCGGCACUACAUUUGUUGCGCCCCAAGUCCUGGUCGAUGUGAAUCACACAAUGGACAUCAUGAAGGAAGAAACAUUCGGGCCUGUCAUUGGCAUCCAGAAGGUCUCAUCUGAUGCUGAAGCGAUUGAACUCAUGAAUGACUCGAAAUACGGUCUUACCGCUUCUAUUUGGACCAAGUCGUCGGAUGACUUCAACAACCUAGCAGACCAGGUGCAAGCUGGAACAAUUUUUCUCAACAGAUGCGAUUCGCUCGACCCAGCGUUGGCCUGGACAGGAAUUAAGAACAGUGGACGUGGCGUCAGUCUGAGCAAAUUCGGAUACGAUCAGCUUACAAGGGCGAAAUCCAUCAACAUGCGUAUCAACACAACUUGAUCUGAUUGUGCGAUGAUAAUGAUAUUAACUUGAGCUGGUAUAGCCUACGGUAGUGAGAUUGGUCUCCAUACAACGAGGGAAGUAGAAUAUGAUACAGAAAGUCGCAAACAUCCCAUCAUAGCAUGUUCUGGAUACCUAUCAGAGGCCGUCGACCAAGAAGUUGGGGACAAAAAAUAGCAUAGGGUUGAAAC